CACUGACUCCAGUUUGCCUGUUUCCUUUGGUGAUAAAAUGUUCUCUAGACUAACUGUGAAAAUUGUUCUUGGUCCACAGAAAUUCACGGAUACACAGAAAAGAGUGAAGCAAACUCUCCCAGAGCCACAGAAGGUUUAUCCUUUAAUAAAUGUGGGCAAGUACAUUGGCUCCCUGCAGUACAGAGUGUGGAAAAAGAUGCUGACAGUGAUUAAUACAGCUCCAGUGACCUUGGACCCUAAUACUGCCAAUCUUUACCUUCUCCUGUCUGAGGACCUGAGCACCAUGAAAAACACUGGGAAAUGGGAGCUGCUUCCGAACAAUCCGGAGAGAUUUGAUCGCUGUCCCUGUGUCCUGGGCUUGGAGGGAUUCACAUCAGGGAGACAUUCCUGGGAGGUGGAGAUUGGGAACAAGCCUCAGUGGAAUGUUGGUGUGGCCAAGGAAUCCAUCAACAGGAAAGGGCAGAUCUACCUCAGUCCAAGUAAAGGAUACUGGGCAGUGGUACUAAGAGAUGGGAAUGAAUACUUGGCUUGUGAUGAACCAUGGAAGCAUCUAAAGCUGAGUGUGAAUCCGAGGAAGAUCCGAGUCUGUCUGGAUUAUGAGGGAGGGACGGUGUCCUUUUAUAACUCAGAGAACAAGACCCAUAUCUACACUUUCACUGGAACAUUCACUGAGAAACUAUAUCCCUUCUUCAGUCCGGGUUUUAAUAUAGAGUCUAAAAAUCCAGAACCACUCAAAACCUGUCCCCAGUCAGUAAUCAUCCAGGAGGAUGAUGGAUCAAUCCAUUUCUCCAACUCAAAAUAGCUUCUUUCACUUGGUACAACAUUCUCAGAGUCAGCACCAACGGCUUCUCACAGGCACUGGGAGAUUCACUGCGACAUCAGCUAGCUAAUAGUCCCAUUUUCUCUCCAUAUCUUCCCUCCAUACUUUGACUUACAGGUAAUUCUGGGAUUCUGACAAUGGUGCAGGAGCCUGGAAAAAUCCCACACCCACAACACCAAUUACCCCAGAUAAGAAUGUAGAACAUAGAACAGUACGGCACAGUACAGGCCCUUCAGCCCACGAUGUUGUACUGACCUAUUAUCCUACUAAGAUCAAACUACCCUGCAUACCCUACAUUUUACUAUCCCCCAUGUGCCUAUCCAAGAGUUGCUUAAAAGUCUCUAAAGUAUCUCUGACCCCACUACCACCGCCGGCAGCGCAUUCCAUAUGCCCACCACUCUCGGUGUGAAGAACCUACCUCUGACAUCUCCCCUAUACCUUCCUCCAAUCACCUUAAAAUUAUGACCCCUUGUAAUAGUCAUUUCCGCCCUGGAAAAAUGUCUCUGGCUAUCCACUCUAUCUAUGCCUCUCAUCAUCUUGUACACCUCUAUCAAGGCACCUCUCAUCCUUCUUUGCUCCAAUGAAAAAAGCCCUCGCUCCCUCAACCUUUCCUCAUAAGACCUGCCGUUCAGUCCAGGCAACAUCCUGGUAAAUCUCCUCUGCAUCCUCUCGAAAGCUUCCACAUCCUUCCUAUAAUGAGGCGACUAGAAUACCCACAGGGUCUGGGACAUACAUAAGAAAUAGGAUCAGGAGUGGGCCUUCUGGCCCCCCGGCCCGAGCCUGCUCUGCUAUUCAAUAAGGCCAUGGCUGAUCUUUUCGUGGAUUCAGCUCCCCUUACCCAUCCACACACCAUAAUCUUUAAUUCCUUUAUUGUUCAAAAAUCUAUCCAUCUUUUCCUUGAUAAACAUUAAACGAGGCAGCCUCAACUGCUUCACUGGGCAGGGAAUUCCACAGAUUCACGACCCUUUGGGUGACAAAGUUCCUCCUCAAUUCAGUCUUAAAUCUCCUCCCCUUAUUUUGAGGGUAUGCCCCCAGUUCUAGUUACACCUGCCAGUGGAAACAACCUCCCUGCUUCUAUUCUAUCCAUUCCUUUCAUAAUUUUAUAUGUUUCUAUUAGAUCCCCCCCUCAUUCUUCUAAAUUCCAAUGAGUGUAAUCCCAGUCUACUCAGUCUCUCCUCAUUAACCAACCCUCUCAAUUCCAGAAUCAACCUAGUGAACCUCUUCUGCACCCCCUCCAGUGCCAGGCCAUCAAUCUAGUAAUCUAAGUGUCUGACCUUCGAUGCCACUAUCAGGGAUUCAGCGAAUAUAGUUGGAUUUCUGUAUUGUAGUUUCUGUUUCUAACAGUAAGUUGUAUAAAUAUCAGUAAGCAAUGGCCCGAGCAAUAGGGACAGCAUGUAUGAUAUUAGAGACUGCUGGGUUGAUAUUGUCAUCAGGACUGUGUAAAUAUUUCAUUUGUUUCAAAUCCUGAAUGUUUUUGACACAUUUUUCUGCUCUCUGUCUCUGGAAGUGUGUGCGAGGAGGUUUCCUUUAGCUUCAGUGACUUGUGUUUCACCAUACAUACAUGGAUUGAUUGAUUAAUCUAUUGUCAUAUGUACUCAUACAUGUAUUUGUUACAAAUACAGUCAACAAUGUUGUAUGAUGUCGCAACUCUCCAGCAUCAUCUCAAAACUCAGAAACUAAACCAAGACAUAGAAUGUAGCAGCGUGCAGCAAUAGUUUGUUGAGAUACUUGUAACUUGAGCAUGUCUCUGUUUACACUGUGUGUGUUUCCUGUGGUGAGCUUGUAAUUAAGAGAUUGGGAUUUAUCAUAAAGUUCUUCACAAUUAUUCCCGUCUGACAGCAGUGCUGAGUGACUGCACCAGUUUUAUAGGUGACCAGUCCCUGGUUAACAUCAAUGGGCAAGGUGGCUCAGUGGUUAGCACUGCUGCCUCACAGCAUCAGGGACCCAGGUUCAAUUCCACCCUCGGGAGGACUGUCUGUGU